CUGUGCAGGGACUGGAGAUACCCUCCUUCAUUGUAGCAAAACAAAACCAUGUUCUCUCCCGGUUCUUCCUCAGCUUGUUGCUGGGCUCUCCGCGACACCCUUCCUGGACCUCAGCUGGUUUUUAUUUUUAUUUUUUUUUACUCCCAGUGCUCGUUGACACGCAGGUCUGAUGAUGCUGUUGCGGCGUUUUAAUGGGGAAAAAAAGCUCAUGAGAGAAAAAACAACACAAGGUAGUGCAUCCCAGCAGUGCCACGUAUUGUGCUUAUUUGUUUAAUCCUGGUGAGGUGCUCGCUUGCUUGUGGUCUUUCUUGUGUUAAUUGUGCAGUCGGACAGUGCUGCUAGCCUACUUUGGGAGAAUGAGGAAAAAAAAAAAAAAAAUCCACCUGCCGUGAAGACAACGGAGAAACCAGAGCACAUGGGCAUCUCUUCCCCGGACCUCAAAUUAUUGCACAGUCGCUUUUGAGUAACCCACCUUUGUUACGCCGCCAUGGAGCAGUUUUUUAUCUGCAUCUCGUAAUAUUUACUCGUCGCUGGGCUUUAAACCCACCCGAGUACGAGGAUGACAGCUGAUCGCCCCUCCUCUCCCCGGACUUCAAUAAAAACGCGCUCCAGCUGAACGCGCUGUCAUCGAUUGGAAGCCAGGCUCUCUGUGUGCGCUGUGUUUAACAAUAGAUGGAGCGCGGAGGGUUGUGACAUUUGGCCGAUUGCCACCCUGACCUUUCCCCCCCUUCCUAGUCCAGUUACCUCCAGGUUUCUCUGGCAGUAGCCCGCGUUUCACUGACGGCCACUUCACUUCAUUUGUGCUCGGCGGUAAAACGAUUAAAUGACCCACCUGCAGAAAUGCUAAGUGCGACCACAUCUCUUCACGGAAACUACACUUCUCCUCUUACUCUUUGAUACUUUGCGCUAAAGCCGUGGUCGUGGAUGAUCCUCGAGUAGCCGAUAAAACCGUCGUGGUGUCAGCAUGAGCUUGAGCUUUAGGGGAUUUGCGUAGAUUAUCGUCGGACUGCUAUUUUAUUCCCACGGUCGCAGAACUCAGCGGCUUUUGAUCCGCAGUCCCUUUUUCCUCCGCUUCCCCUCGGACGCCUGUAAAACUCCAGCAGGGAAUCCUGAACCCGCGGUUUUCGUGUAGGGGAGGGGAGACAACGGACUGCAUUCAUAAACGAUGACUGCCACGGAGGUGUUUGCUACCAGAUCUGAGGAUACAACGAGUUUGGCGCUGCUGGCACCCCGUGGAUGUGGGAGGACGAGACGCGCAUUGGGGCUGUAGUUAACACUCGCAGGGAUGCCGUCGCUGUGACUGGGAGAAGUAGUCCUUCAGCAGAGCCGCGAACAGCCCAGAAACACAACACAGCAGCGCCCGAACAGUCAGCAGCCGUCUGGACUCGUUUUAACCAUCUACCGGGCGCCUACCGGAGGAUGUUUCAGCGAGGAUGCUGCGCUUCCCCGUGAAGAAGAUCCGGAAGCAGUUCAAGCUCCUGCUGCUGCUGGUACUGCUCACCUCGGCGGUUUGGUUCACUUACCUGCACAUCAACCAGGGCAAGACUAUCAAACUACACUUCAACUACGGAAAAGAUGGAGAGAGACAGACGGAGGGGACCGACGCCAGCCGAAAGAGGGACACUCGCUCCUCAGCCGGACACCACAAGAGCGAGGACACCAGCGACAGCAGGGAGGACGAUGCGGGAGCCAGGACAACAGUGAAGAAACUGGCAGUGGCUCCAAAGUGGAAGAACUAUGGCUUGAGAAUAUUUGGCUACCUUCACCCUUACAGAGAUGGUGAUUUCCAGUUCUCAGUAUCAUCAGACGAUAACUCUGAGUUCUGGCUGAGCCCUGAUGAGACUCCUCUUAAUGCCAGACUGCUGGUCUAUGUAGGACAGCUGGGGACAGAGUGGACCGCUCCAGGCGAGUUUAGCAAGUUCAGGUCCCAGUCUUCGAAGUCUGUGCAUCUGAUCUCAUCCAGACGAUACUACUUUGAGAUUCUCCACAAGCAGGAUGACAAGGGCUCGGAUCACGUAGAGGUUGGGUGGCGUCCGUUCCUGCCUGGUCUGAAAUAUGAAGUGAUAGACUCGGCCUACAUCUCCCUCUACACAGAUGAGUCCAAUCUGAAGAUGAACAGUGUGGACCACAUCCCUCAGACCUUGGCCAGUCACAUCCGUCUCCCAGUGGAGACACAGCCUCAGGGUCUGGAGGGAGGCCGUACCAUCCUGCAUGGAGCUGAUAUGCUGAAGCCGGAUCCCAGGGACACCUUCUAUAGCACCCCUAUGAUUGAUCCCUCUCGACUGGAAAACGUUCUUCCGGCCUGUCUUUACUCUCCAACCUAUGUAGUCAAAGAUUUCCCCAUUGCCAGAUACCAGGGCCUGCAGUUCGUCUAUCUGUCUUUCGUCUACCCUAAUGACUUCACGCGCCUCACCCACAUGGAGCGAGAAAACAAGUGUUUCUACAGAGAGUCCCCUAUCUACUUGGAGAAGUUUGGUUUCUACAAAUAUAUGAAGAUGGAUGAGGAAGAAGAUGACAGGCCGUUCUUCUUCCCGAACCCAGAUGAUUUCCUAGAGGAGGAGGAGGUGGUAGAUACAGAGGAUGAGGCAGAGAUUGUUGGCACACAGUCACCCAAGAAGCCCUCCUAUCCAAGCCAGACCAGCCAUACUUCAAAUCCCUCCUAUCGGCAAUCAAAGUCUGAGCCCACACCAGCUGGUCGAGACAAGGAGAAAGAGAAGGAGGAUCCUAAUGAUGAAGAAGAUGAGGGCCCAGUCAACAGUAUCAUACAGCACAGAGAAAGGAGGCGUUUUCCUCGCAGAGACAGACAGAUGGAUAGGGAUUUGGACAGAGACUGGGGGAGAGAUCAUACAAGGGAGAAUAUGAGAAAGGACACGGGGAAGAGACUUGAAAACAUCGAAGCGAGGGUUCUUCAGCCUGAUAUCGACAGCGUGGUUGGGGGUCGCUCUCUGUCCUGGGUCCACACUGAUUCUGCAGAACUAGACCCUGCCAGGAAAGGCGGAGGAACAGGUGGCGGAGAAGACAGGGGAGUUGACACACGGACUAAACUCAGCAAGUCUUCUCUUCUCUUUCCCCAAAAGUCGUCCCUCUCCGCCCUUGCUAGCCGAGCCAGGCAGAUCCUCAGCAACUCUGCACAUGGCAACAACCUCCACGAUAGGCUUCCCGGGAGCAAAAAAGAGAAGAGGGAGGAGAACAAGAUCUACAUCACCAGGCCCAAGCCUGCAAGGGAGAGAGAGAAGGAGAGGGAGCAGCGGCGAGAGAGGCGGGACGAGAGGGCAUCUCGCCACCCUAGAGAGGUUUUCCCAGGAGUCUUUUUGUAUCAGACUGGAAAGACCACCAGGCUGGUAAACCUGGGUGCCAGGAGACGUGGUGGGGGAGGCGUAACAGGAAGUAGGAGUCUGAUUAGUGCGCCUCAGCUCUGGCCUAACCCCCCUAUAAAAGAAGGUAAGGCUUCUCCUCACAAUGGAAGCACCAACACACACAAUGAAAGUGUGGUAAAGUCUUCUAACAAGGCAGCAGGGGCAAAACAGCCAGAGAAAAGCAAAAGCAAAGGAGAGCACCGGGAUUUAAAGACUACUAUCAUGGCCGACCCACCCAGUAAAGAACACCACCUAAUCGAACCGUCCUCUCACCGCGGUCCCCCUCAUCCCUCUGUUGCCCCACCAAGAUUAAACUUUACAGACAACACAAUCCAAGGUCAAUCACGGGUUACUUCUUACCUGCGAACCUCAGAGAUUACAGAGUCCCAGCAGCAGCCAGACCCCAACCCUCCAGAUAUCGACCAAGAUGCAAACCACUCUAAUCCUGAUCCCGACCCCGAGCCAGAGCCAGAGGAGGGUGAAAUGUCCGAUUACAGCUACGAGGAGGUGGAGGCUCGGCCGGGUUGGGCAGAGGAGAGCAUUAACUGGCAGAGGACUUUCUCAGUCAAUCCGAUGGACUUUGAGCUUCUGCGCUCUGACUGGAAUGACUUGCGCUGUAAUGUGUCUGGGAACCUGCAGCUAGCAGAGAGCGAGGUGGUGGACGUGCUGGCGCAGUACAUGGAGAAACUCAAUGAAGAGGUUUUCCCAGGAGUCUUUUUGUAUCAGACUGGAAAGACCACCAGGCUGGUAAACCUGGGUGCCAGGAGACGUGGUGGGGGAGGCGUAACAGGAAGUAGGAGUCUGAUUAGUGCGCCUCAGCUCUGGCCUAACCCCCCUAUAAAAGAAGGUAAGGCUUCUCCUCACAAUGGAAGCACCAACACACACAAUGAAAGUGUGGUAAAGUCUUCUAACAAGGCAGCAGGGGCAAAACAGCCAGAGAAAAGCAAAAGCAAAGGAGAGCACCGGGAUUUAAAGACUACUAUCAUGGCCGACCCACCCAGUAAAGAACACCACCUAAUCGAACCGUCCUCUCACCGCGGUCCCCCUCAUCCCUCUGUUGCCCCACCAAGAUUAAACUUUACAGACAACACAAUCCAAGGUCAAUCACGGGUUACUUCUUACCUGCGAACCUCAGAGAUUACAGAGUCCCAGCAGCAGCCAGACCCCAACCCUCCAGAUAUCGACCAAGAUGCAAACCACUCUAAUCCUGAUCCCGACCCCGAGCCAGAGCCAGAGGAGGGUGAAAUGUCCGAUUACAGCUACGAGGAGGUGGAGGCUCGGCCGGGUUGGGCAGAGGAGAGCAUUAACUGGCAGAGGACUUUCUCAGUCAAUCCGAUGGACUUUGAGCUUCUGCGCUCUGACUGGAAUGACUUGCGCUGUAAUGUGUCUGGGAACCUGCAGCUAGCAGAGAGCGAGGUGGUGGACGUGCUGGCGCAGUACAUGGAGAAACUCAAUGAGCGCAAUGGGGGGAUCUACACCCUGUUGCGAAUUAUCAACGUUGAAAAGCGGCGCGACUCGGCAAGAGGGAACCGGUACCUCGUGGAGCUGGAGCUUAUGGAGAGAGGACGUAGCGUGGUGCGCCUUUCAGAAUAUAUUUACCUGCUGCUACACCGCAGCAAGCAGGGGGAGGAAAGUUUAGAGAACACAGACUCUGUCCCUGCCUCAGCGCCGGUUUCGGCCCUUUCCACUGCCACUCCCAGCCUCACCACCCCACCGCCGCCUCCUCCUCCCACCAAGUCGUCUGGCCGAGCAGCAGCAACACCCUGGAGCACUGCAUAUGCUAAGCCCCUGCUAUGCCAGCCGGUCAUGCUCCAAUGGAGGAAAGAUGUCAUGGUACACUUUGUGGUCCCAGUAAAAAACCAGGCUCGCUGGGUGCAGCAGUUCAUCUCUGACAUGGAGAAUCUGCACCGGCAGACAAAGGAUGACAAUUUCAGCAUCAUCAUUGUGGAUUUUGAGAGCGAAGAUAUGGACGUGGAGCAGCAAACAUACUUGAGCAUUUCUUUGCAUUUUCUCCCACAGGACAGUCACAGCAUCGUAUUCCUGUGUGACCUGCACAUCCAUUUCCCUCUCAACAUCUUGGAAAGCAUCAGGAAGCACUGCGUGGAGGGACGCCUUGCUUUUGCUCCCAUUGUCAUGAGACUCAGCUGUGGUAGUUCACCACAGGAGCCCGAUGGUUACUGGGAGGUAAACGGCUUUGGCCUGUUUGGAAUUUAUAAAUCUGAUUUUGAUAAAAUUGGAGGGAUGAACACGGAAGAAUUCAAAGACCGCUGGGGUGGAGAGGAUUGGGAACUGUUGGACAGGGUCCUGCAGAACGGUUUGGAAGUAGAAAGACUACGCUUGAGGAACUUCUUUCACUACUACCACUCCAAGAGAGGCAUGUGGAAUGCCCAAAACAAAAAAACUCCCAAGGGAUAGCGCAGCCUGUUGGUCAGAGGAUCCUAAACCUGCCUGCAGACCCACUGUGUGUGUGAGAGAGAGACCCGUCGGAGCUCGCUCACUGCCUGAAUUCUGCCUUUUCGAAACAGGCUCCUUUCAGGGACUCCUCGGACCCUGUCGUGUAUUUGUCUGUACGAAGAAACUGAUUCCAAAUUUGAAAAUUUGGAGGCGUGCUUUUUACGCAGACGGACCCGAGUCAUCACUUUGCCUCGCUGACUGAACUACUGUACAGAGAGAAGAGUUAUUUUUAUUCUCCUUUUCUCUGUCCUUUUUGGUGCAAUGUUUUCAGACAGACUGGAAAGCAGAGAGCGCGUGCGUGUUUGUAUGUGUGGGUAUGUAUAUAUAGGUGUGUGGGUGCGUUGCCAUGACGGAAAGCACCCUUUUUUUUUUUCUAACACGGAGAUGUGAAGACAACCUAAGAUCUUUUUGCUAACACGCUCUCACGCGGGAGCCUAAUAGAAUGUGUGUCAACGUGUUCAUCGGACGAUUCAGACGCAGGGUUGUAGCUCAAGUAGGGGAACACUUUGUUUGAUAAAGCAGUACAUCAACUUCUACCUGUUAAAUAUCAUUGACUAGAACGACUGAGGUGCUGAACUCCUCUUUGUAUCUGAUAUUAUAAACCACAGAAAGUUUUCCUUUCAGAAAAAGCCCUUUCUCAAACCGAUACCUCCCUUUCUGCCCCUCUUUCUCCCUCUGUAUCACCUUUAUUUUAUUCCUUUCUUUAUCCUUUUGCUUGUCAUGCUAAUUUGUGUGUUUGUAUCUGUUUGUAAUAUUAUUUUAUAAUGUCAAUUUUAAAAUAGAGCAUUUAUAAUAAUGCAAGCUAUUGGUUGUUUUAAGUGAUGAGGGGCUUUUUCUUAUUUUUUUUUUAACAAGGGACUUUUAUUUAUCUGGACUAAGCAUGUGCUUACAUUUGGCAUGCUAUUCCUGUUCAAUAACACUGAAUUUGUGAGCAUUUCAGAUCUACUGACAGGAUUUUUUUUUUGUUUGUAAACUUCAUUUCUCGUAUUAAAAUCCCACAGGGACGGGGAAUGCUUGGCUGUCGAAAAUACAGAUACUCUUCUGUUUGAGUUUGUUUUAAGCGCUAACAGAAGGGAGACCAGUUCAUGUGUGGGACACGGUGGUGCAAGGCAUGGCUGUUUCACAAAUGUGUGCCUUUAUCAGGGUUUGGCUGCAGGCAGUUUUUAAGCUACUUUAAUGACUGACGAGGGCCGGGACAAACAGAAAUACAACGGUAUUUAUCAGCGGGCUGUAAUGUCAGUGUAAAUUCAGAUAUACUGUAAAAAGAGGAAAUUAAUGUUCUCUUUAAAGGAUCAUAGAAGUGUCACCGUUUAUUGUAUUAUCUCAAAAGAAAGGACGGGUUUGAUUGAGGUUUUAGUGAUACGAAGUGUUCACUGGUGAGAUAGAAGGAGAAUCGUUAAGAAUGACUACUGAGUGGGAACAGAGGGUGUGAUAAAGAGUCACUGGCAGCUGCAGUCCAGUAGGACCCCACCUGCUCCCAUUAUUUUGGCUGGAGGCCGGGCUCCUAAUGCCUUCUGUUUAUGCAACAUGGCACUUAUAUUGAGGAAGAGUGGCUGGAGGGCUCUUGGCUGGACAUGUAUAUGGAUGAACACUAACGAUCUGUUAUUGACUAUAUGAUUGUCAAAAUGCCCUCUAGACCUUUUUUGCCUCUAUAGAAAAAAAAGGUCUACACUGUACAUCAUUUUGCAUUCAAAUGGGACUAUUUAAAAUAAAGGA